AUGGACCCUGGAGAAUGCACCUGCAUGUCUGGAGGAAUCUGCAUCUGUGGAGACAACUGCAAAUGCACAACUUGUAGCUGUAAAACAUGUCGGAAAAGCUGCUGUCCCUGCUGCCCGCCAGGCUGUGCCAAGUGUGCCCGGGGAUGCAUCUGCAAAGGGGGCUCCGACAAGUGCAGCUGCUGUGCCUGAGAUGCCUCCACUGUGCUGGGAGAGAGGCCUGCAAACCAUCUGUACAGUGUGCAAAAGUUGAAAAUUGGAGUGAUUGUACCAUAGGUUGUACUUUUUAUAUAUUUGCCCCCAAGUGGUGUUGGUGACAGUCAUAUGAAGUGUUUGCCACAAUAAAGUUUUC